UAAAUACCUGACGGCCUACAGAUGUUGUGAUGGCUGGACCAAAUACAAGAGUCAUUCCAUAGACUGUAUGGUCAGAACUAAAUGCUAUGCAGAUAGCUACAAUUUCGUGUGUGACAAUGGCAAGUGCCUGGAUAACCGGUAUAUCUGUGACGGUGCUGACCAGUGCGGAGACGGCUCUGAUGAACGCAUGUGUGGCAGCUGUCCUGCGGGGUACUUCCGCUGUUACAAAGAUGACGCGUGUCUACCCCGGCGCCUGUACUGUGAUGCCAUUGUGGACUGUGGAGAUCCUAGAACAGAGAUUCCGGAGGACGAAAUGAACUGUGCCUUGACAAUCAAGUUAAUGGGCACCACGUCAACGAGCAGAUACGGUCACGUGAACAAGGGGGUCGUGGGACUGUGGCAUUAUGGGAAGUGGGGAUCCCUUUGUGACGAUUACAUGGGCCUCAAUGACGCCCACGUGUUGUGUCGUUCACUUGGCUUCAAACAGGCGAUAAGGACGAUUAAAGACGGAUCUCUUGGGACUUUAAGUGCUUCGUAUCCGAUAUGGAUGGACAAUCUCGCGUGUACGGGGAACGAGCAGGUUCUGGUGCAGUGUGACAAGCCAAGGUGGGGGGACCAUAACUGUGGCCAUUACGAAGACGUCGCCAUUGAGUGCAGUGAAGAACGUUUGCCUCAAAUUCAGAUCGUGGGGAGGAGAGGGUUAAGCACCGGGCGCUCUAGACGCAGGCCAAUGUGGUGGGAGACAGUAUGAAGAUAGAAACAGAAACAAAGAAAUAGAAAAUGUGCUAAACUAUUCAACAAAGAUCCUUUAACACCCAUUUGAGAAUAUUCAUUUUUAUCCCAUCUCACUUCUGUUUAAUAAUAUCCUAUUUCAUCAUGUCUUUUUAUUUCUAAAUGCAACGUAACCGAUUUGGCGAAAAGAAAACUGACAUGCUAAUUACUAUAUAAACUAUUGAUAAUAAGUUCGUUUCCAAAACCUUGUGAAUUUUAUGAAGACACUUUUUAACACAUUCAGCAAUAAAUGUGGUAAGUAUAACAACAUUUUGCUCAGUGAAUUUAAAUUACCUAUAUGUAAUUGCUGCCACCUAUCGUAUGAAUUGUAACUACAGGAUUUUAUUUUCUGAAAGAAAAAUGAUUCUUUUGAAAAUGAUUCUGAACAAUGUUUUACUUUAUACUUUAAAAGAUAAAUUCACUUUUACCAAAGUAGAAAUUAAAGUGCAUUUUCACAACGAAGCCUUAUUAGCUAACAAUUGUAAUUUAUUCCUUUUGUAUAUUUUCUCAUAUAAAAAAUUACU